GAAAGACCCCACCACCUCCUCCUCCUCCUCCUCCUCCACACCUGCGCGAUCAUCUGAUUUACAUCCUUCCCACGAAGUCUUGAAGGAUUUGUGAGCUUCACAUCUGCCACAUCACACUUGCACAGGACGCGCCUCCGUCUCCUGGACCCCCUCCCUCCUCCUCCUCUCCUCUCUCACUCCGCCUGCUUUCUAAUGCAGAUCAAUACAGGCAGCAUUGGAACUGCAGGACUCUGCGUCCUCGGCUGCUUUUUGACGGGAAUAAAACACGGGAACAUGUUGGAAGACUGACGCCACACUUGAAGACCCCUCUCAGCAGAGAUGGUCGAGCCCUCGUCCAGGUUGCUCUGGUCCUCUCCUCCCAAAAUUCAGACUUGCUCACUUCUCCAUCAGCAGCGCGGCGGGCGGCUUCUUCUUCUGCUCCUCUGAGAGGGAACCAUCGGGGGGAUCCUCUUCAAAACCCCGCGGUGAAAAGAGACAGGCACAUAUUUCUCCGUGGACGCGAUGAGGCGGAUUUACAGGGACGGAUUCUACCACGGAUCUAUUGAACUGCGGGACGUUUUCAACAGGAGACGCGUUAAAUGCGCCCGGGAGGACUUUGCUCCAGCCAAAACGAUGAGGAUACGAGCUGGAGUUGUUUUUUGGAAUCUCGUCUUUUCUCUGCUGCUCACUUGCGUAAAAGGUUUUAUCCACACGUGUGGAGGCACUUUAAAAGGAAGGAACGGGACGAUAGAGAGUCCAGGAUUCCCGUACGGCUAUCCCAACGGGGCGAACUGUACCUGGGUCAUUGUCGCCGAGGAAGGAAACAGGAUUCAUAUAGUUUUUCAAUCUUUUGCUGUAGAGGAGGAAUAUGACUUUUUAUCUUUGUACGAUGGACAUCCGCACCCGGCCAACUUCAGGACGAGGUUAACAGGAUUCACCAUCCCGCCUCCAGUUACCAGUUCCAGCUCAAUAUUUUCGUUGAGGCUUACUAGUGACUUUGCAGUAAGUGCUCACGGCUUCAAAGUAGCUUAUGAAGAGCUGAGAAGUAGCUCGUGUGGAAACCCGGGAGUUCCAGCGAAAGGCAUUUUAAAUGGAACCCUGUUCACCGUUGGGGAGAAGAUUCGGUACCGGUGCAUCAGCGGCUACGUUCUGGACGGACAUUCGCUCCUCACCUGCGUCACCAACGCGGCAGGCGUGUCGGUGUGGGACUUCCCUGUUCCCAUCUGCAGAGCUGAGGAUACGUGCGGUGGCACCCUGAGGGGCUCCAGUGGGCUCAUCUCCAGCUUCGAUUUGCCCAGCAGUGACUCGGCUGGCGGACUGGGCAGCAGCGGGGAGUGUAAGUGGACCAUCCUGGCCGACCCCGGUGACACCAUCUCCCUGGUGUUCACAGAGUUUCAGAUGGAGGAGAAGUCGGAUUACCUGGAGGUGGAAGGGUCGGAAUCGCCGACUAUUUGGCUAACUGGGGUGAACAUCCCAGCGCCGAUCAUCAGCAGCAAAAACUGGCUACGGCUGCACUUUGUGACGGAGAGCAACCAUCGCCACAAAGGCUUCCGGGCCCAGUAUCAAGUGAAGAGCUCUGGAGAGCUUAAAUCCAGAGGCGUAAAAUUAUUACCAGGAAAGGACAACACUAACAAACUGUCUUUGAUGAACGAAGGAGGGAUCAAACAGGUGUCUAAUUACUGCCCAGACCCUGGGGAGCCGGAGAAUGGCAAGCGGACCGGGUCCGACUUCAGCAUCGGAGCGACAGCUCAAUUCACCUGUGAUGAAGACCAUGUGCUGCAGGGCUCCAAAACGAUUACCUGCCAGCGCGUCGCCGAAGUCUUCGCCGCUUGGAGCGACCACAGACCCGUCUGCAAGGUGAAAACAUGCGGGUCAAACCUUCAAGGACCGUCCGGGACCUUCACGUCGCCCAACUUCCCUAUUCAGUAUGAGAGCAAUUCCCAGUGUGUGUGGAUCAUCACAGCCAGCGAUCCCAACAAGGUCAUACAGAUAAACUUCGAAGAGUUUGACUUGGAGAUCGGCUACGAUUCGCUCACCAUCGGGGACGGAGGAGAGGUCGGGGAUUCUAAGACGAUAAUACAAGUACUGACUGGGAGCUUCGUCCCAGACCUCAUCGUCAGCAUGUCCCAUCAGAUGUGGCUUCAUCUGCAGUCCGACGAGAGCGUCGGCUCAAUUGGCUUCAAGAUAAACUACAAAGAAAUUGACAAGGAAAGCUGCGGUGACCCCGGAACUCCGCUCUACGGCUACCAGGAAGGCAGCGGAUUCUUAAAUGGAGAUGUCCUUCGCUUCGAGUGCCAGUUUGGAUUCGAGCUCAUCGGGGAGAGAAUGAUCACGUGCCAGGACAACAACCAGUGGUCGGCCAACAUCCCCAUCUGCAUAUUCCCUUGUUUCUCCAACUUCACCGCCCCCAUGGGAACGGUGUUGUCCCCCGACUACCCGGAAGGCUACGGGAACAACCUCAACUGUGUCUGGCUGAUCAUCUCAGAGACCGGCUCCAGAAUCCACCUGGCCUUCAACGACUUCGACCUGGAGCCGCCGUACGACUUCCUGACCAUCAAAGACGGAGACCAAUCAGGUGCCACCAUUCUGGGUCGGUUCUCUGGAGCGGAGGUUCCGUCGCAUCUGACGUCCAACAGCAACGUCCUUCAGCUGGAGUUUCAGGCCGACCACUCGAUGUCAGGGAGAGGAUUCAACAUCACCUAUAGCACGUUCGGGCAAAACGAGUGUCCCGACCCUGGCGUUCCGCUCAAUGCCAGGCGAUUUGGGGACAGUUUUCAACUGGGGAGCUCCAUCUCUGUCGUCUGCGAGGAGGGUUUCAUCAAGACGCAGGGAGCCGACACCAUAACCUGCCAUCUGGAGGACGGGAAGGUGAUGUGGAGUGGACUGAUUCCCAAAUGUGAAGCUCCCUGCGGAGCCCACUACUCAGGACCAUCCGGCGUCAUCCUCUCUCCUGGGUGGCCCGGCUACUACAAGGACUCUCUGAGCUGCGAGUGGGUCAUCGAGGCCGAGCUGGGACGCUCUGUCAAGAUCAGCUUUGACAGGUUCCAGACGGAGCUCAGCUACGACUUCCUGGAAGUACACGAUGGCCCGAACCUGCUUUCACCUUUGAUCGGCUCCUUCAAUGGAACUCAAGUCCCUCAGUUCCUGUUCAGCACCAGCAAUUUCCUCUAUCUGCUUUUCACCACCGACAACAGCAGGUCCAACAGCGGAUUCAAGAUCUUCUACGAAGUCGUCACGCUGGACACCUUCUCCUGCAUGGAUCCUGGGAUUCCUGUCAACGGUGCACGGCUAAGCCACGACCUGUCCAUUGGGUCGAUCGUGUCGUUCCAGUGCGAUCCAGGAUACCGACUGAGCCACGAGGAGCCACUGGUGUGUGAGAAGAACCACUUUUGGAGCCACCCGCUGCCCAGCUGUGAUGCGUCGUGUGGCGGAGACAUCAGAGGUCCUGCGGGGAUCAUCCUCUCACCCGGCUACCCGGAGCUCUACCCCAACUCCCUUAACUGCACGUGGACAGUGGAAGUCAGCCAUGGCAAAGGUGUCCAAUUCACAUUCCACUCCUUCCACCUGGAGGAUCACCACGACUACCUUCUGAUAACUGAAAAUGGCAGCUUUGCUCAGCCUCUGGCUCGGCUCACCGGCUCGGAGAGGCCGGCGCCGGUCAACGCCGGCCUGUACGGGAACUUCAAGGCCCAGCUGCGCUUCAUCUCUGACUUCUCCAUCUCCCUGCAGGGAUUCAACAUCUCUUUCUCCGAAUAUCACCUGGAACCAUGCAAAGACCCCGGCACGCCCACUUUUGGCUGGCACUCUGGCACCAGGUUCGGCAUCGGUGACUCUCUGGUGUUCCACUGCAACACCGGCUAUCGUCUGCAGGGGGCCAGAGAGAUUGUGUGCUUGGGAGGGGGCCGGCGCAUGUGGAGCGCCCCCCUGCCGAGGUGUGUGGCCGAGUGCGGCUCCACCGUCUCCAAGAACGAGGGGAUCCUUCUGUCGCCCAACUAUCCUCAGAACUACGACAACAGCCACGAGUGUGUGUACAGCAUCCAGGUCCAAACCGGCAAAGGAAUCAACAUCACUGCUAGCGCUUUCCAGCUAGCGCAAGGCGACGUCCUCAAGGUGUACGACGGCAAAGAUGGCGGCGCUCCCCUUCUGGGCUCCUUCACAGGCACGGCCAUGCACGGCCUGUCCCUGAGCAGCACGUCCAACAAUCUGUGGCUGGAAUUCUACUCCGACCAGGAAGCGACGGCGGCCGGGUUCCGCCUCACGUACCAUAGUUUUGAGCUCUCGCACUGCGAUGACCCUGGCGUCCCACAGUUUGGCUUCAAAGUCAGUGACGUGGGCCACUUUGCUGGCAGCGCCAUCUCGUACGGCUGCGACCAAGGCUACACCCUUCACGGCAGUGGAAUACUCAAGUGCAUGACAGGAGAUCGGAGAGCCUGGGACAACAGCCUGCCGUCCUGCAUCGCUGAGUGUGGGGGAAGUUUCCGGGGUGAAUCCACGGGGCGCAUCCUCUCGCCAGGCUACCCCUUCCCUUACGACAACAACCUCAGAUGCACCUGGACUAUUGAGGUCAACUCCGGCAACAUCGUCAGUCUGCAGUUCCUUGCCUUUGACACCGAAGCGUCGCACGACAUCCUGAAGGUUUGGGACGGCCCACCAGAGAACGAGAUGUCGUUGAGAGAGGUCAGCGGCUCCUUGCUGCCCGAGGGCAUCCACUCCACCCUGAACGUCGUCACCAUUCAGUUUGAGACGGACUUCUACAUCACCAAGUCGGGCUUCGCCAUUGACUUCUCAAGCUCUCUGGCAACAGCCUGCAGAGAUCCAGGGAUCCCCAUGAACGGCAGUCGCAGCGGGGAAGGCAAAGAGCCCGGCGACUCGGUGACCUUCUCUUGUGAUCCGGGUUAUGAAUUGCAAGGGGAAAGCAGAAUCACCUGCAUCCAAGUGGAAAACCGGUACUACUGGCAGCCCAGCCCUCCGAGCUGCAUCGCGCCUUGUGGCGGGAAUGUGACCGGCUCCUCGGGGUUCAUCCUCUCGCCUAACUACCCUCACCCCUACCCUCACAGCAAAGACUGCGACUGGAUGAUCGCCGUCCACUCCGACUAUGUCAUCUCGCUGGCUUUCAUCAGCUUCAGCAUUGAACCCAACUAUGACUUCUUGUACAUCUACGACGGGCCAGACAGCAGCGCUCAUCUGAUUGGCAGUUUUCAAGAUAGUAAACUUCCAGAGAAGAUUGAGAGCACGUCAAACUUCAUGUACUUGGCGUUUCGGAGUGACGGCUCUGUGAGCUACACUGGCUUUCAUCUGGAAUACAAAGCUAAACUGCGGGAGGCCUGCUUUGACCCGGGGAAUGUGAUGAACGGAACCAGGAUGGGCACGGACUACAAGCUGGGCUCCAUGGUGACAUUUCACUGUGAGGCUGGAUACCUGCUGCAGGGCUACUCCACUCUGACAUGUGUCAUGGGCAACAGCAAGCGACCCGAGUGGGACAGAGCGAAGCCCAGCUGUCAAGCUCCCUGCGGAGGUCACUUCACCGGUUCAGAGGGAACUGUGCUGUCCCCAAACUAUCCUCAUAAUUACACCCAAGGCCAGAGCUGUCUCUACGACAUCUUCGUCCCGGGGGACUACGUUCUCUUCGGGCAGUUUGUGGUGUUCCACACAAUGAAGACGGAUGUGGUUGAGAUCUUCGACGGCUCCACCACUGAUUCCGCGCUUCUCUCCUCCAUCUCCGGCUCACACUCAGGUGAGACGCUUCCUCUGAGUUCAGGAAACAAGAUCAUCCUCAAGUUCAGCGCGAACGGAACGGCGACCGCGAAAGGAUUUCAUUUCGUCUACCAAGCUGUGCCUCGAACCAGCGCCACUCAGUGCAGCUCGGUCCCUGAGCCCCGCUUUGGGAAACGCAUUGGAAACGACUUUGGCAUCGGGAUGGCGGUUCUUUUUGAAUGCAAUCCAGGCUACACGCUGCACGGCUCGCACGCCAUCAGGUGCGAGGCCGUGCCCAACGCUCUGGCCCAGUGGAACGGCUCGGUGCCCACAUGUGCUGUUCCCUGUGGCGGAGUGUUAACUGACCGCAGAGGCACAAUCCUCUCUCCUGGAUACCCAGAUCCCUACGCCAACUAUCUGAACUGUGCCUGGAAAAUCUCAGUCCCUGAGGGAGCUGGCAUCCAAAUUCAAGUUGUGACCUUUGCCACGGAGCACAACUGGGAUUCUCUGGAUUUUUUUGACGGGGUUGACGGCAACGCUCCGAGGCUCGGCAGCUACUCAGGCACCACGAUUCCUCAGCUGCUCAACAGCACAUCCAACAACCUGUUCCUGACGUUCCAGUCUGACAUCAGCGUGUCUGCCGCCGGCUUCCACUUGGAGUACACAGCAAUAGGUUUGGAUUCGUGCCCGGAGCCGCUGCCCCCCAGUAACGGACACAAAGUGGGAGACCGCUACACCGUGGGAGACAUGGUGUCCUUCGAGUGCGAGCAAGGCUUCAGCAUCGAGGGCAACGCAUACAUCACGUGCAUGCCUGGACCGGUCCGACGCUGGAACUACCCUGUACCUCUGUGUUUAGCUCAGUGCGGGGGCUCCAUGACCGACUUCAGCGGCGUCAUCCUCAGCCCCGGUUUUCCAGGGAAUUACCAGAGCAGCCUGGACUGCAGCUGGAGAGUCCAGCUCCCCGUCGGCUUCGGCAUCCAUCUGCAGUUUUUAAACUUCUCCACGGAACCGGUUCAUGACUAUCUGGAAGUGCGCAGUGGGAGCCUGGAGACUGGCACCGUGAUUGAUCGGUUUAGCGGUUCACUGGUGCCCCACUCUCUAUUUAGCACCACCCAUGAGACCACUCUGUUCUUUCACAGCGACUACUCCCAGAACAAGCCUGGCUUCCACAUUGUCUACCAAGCGUACGACCUACAGAGGUGUCCGGAUCCGCGGCCUUUUCGCAAUGGCAUUGUGAUCGGGCUGGACUACGGCGUCGGGAUGACCAUCUCCUUUGAGUGCCUGCCAGGAUACACUCUGAUCGGAGAAGCGUCCCUCACAUGCCUUCACGGAAUCAGCCGGAACUGGAACCAUCCCAUCCCCCGAUGCGACGCUCUCUGCGGGGGAAAUGUAACGUCGAUGGAUGGAACCAUUUAUUCUCCUGGGCACCCCGCGGAGUACCCACACUUUCAGGACUGCAUGUGGACCGUUCGAGUGCCUCCGGGAUACGGCAUCUACAUCAAUUUCUCUGUGAUUAACACCGAGCCCAUUUACGACUACGUCACCGUCUGGGACGGUCCUGACCAGGCUUCACCCCAGAUCGGUCUGUUCAGCGGCAACAGUGUGCAGGAGGGUGUUUCCACCACCGCCAACCAGGUCCUCAUCAAGUUCCACAGCGACUUCAGCACCAGCGGCUUCUUCGUGCUCCACUAUCAUGCGUACCAGCUGAAAACUUGUCAGCCGCCCCCUCCUGUCCCCAACGCCACUAUCCUAACCGAUGAUGACGAGUUUGAAAUAGGGGACAUUAUUCGGUACUCGUGCCUGCCGGGCUUCACCUUGGUGGGCAGCGAGAUUCUGACCUGUCGACUCGGAGAGAGACUUCAAAUGGAUGGGCCCCCGCCGGUCUGUCAAGUCCAAUGUCCCGCCCACGAGGUGCGCUUCGACUCCACCGGGGUUAUCUUGAGUCCUGGCUACCCGGAGAACUACCCCAACCUCCAGAUGUGCUCAUGGCUAAUAAAUGUGGAGAAGGGUUACAACAUCACUCUGCAUUUCGAGCUCUUCCAGACAGAAAAAGAGUUUGACAUCCUGGAAAUAUUUGAUGGGCCCAACAUCUACAGCCAGAGCAUGGCCUCGCUCAGCGGUGACAUGGAGACGCCCUUCACCCUCACCACCACUGGCCACCAGCUCCUGCUGCGCUGGUCCUCCGACCAUGGCACCAACCGCCGGGGCUUCAACAUCAGAUACGUGGGUGAGUAUCAAACCUUGUACUGCAGCACCCCGGACUCCCCGCAGCACGGCUUCGUGGUGAGCCAGACAGGCGGCCAGCUCAACAGCAUGGUGCGCUGGGCCUGCGACAGGGGCUACAAGCUGAUCGGGAAGAGCGCGGCCACGUGCAAGAAGACAACUUACGGCUUUUUCACUUGGGACGCGCCGGUUCCCGCAUGUCAAGCCGUCUCUUGCGGUGCCCCUAGCGCACCAGAGAAUGGAGGCGUGCUGGCUGCCGAUUACUCGGUCAGUACCCGGGUCACCUACUUCUGCAACAGCGGCUACCGACUCUCUUCCAAAGAGCUGACGACGACAGUCUGCCAGCCGGACGGCACCUGGAGCAACCACAACAAGAUACCUCGAUGCAUCGUGAUGUCAUGCCCCAGUCUCAGCUCCUUCUCCUUGGAUCACGGCAAGUGGAGAAUCGUGAACGGAUCGCACUACGAGUACGGCACCAAGAUCAUCUUCACCUGCAACCCCGGAUACUACCGAGUGGGACCCGCCCACAUCCAGUGUUUGGCCACCGGCGCUUGGAGCUGGAGAAACGAGAGGCCUCGCUGCAAAAUCAUUUCCUGCGGGGAGCUGCCCACUCCUCCUAAUGGCAAGAAAAUUGGGACACAGAAUACGUUUGGAGCGUCAGCCAUUUUCAGCUGUGACCUGGGCUUCGUUUUAACCGGCUCCACCGUUCGAGAGUGUCUGCUGUCGGGACUGUGGAGCGGCCUGGAAACCCGCUGUCUGGCGGGCCACUGCGGCGUUCCGGAGCAGAUCGUGAACGGACAGGUGAUCGGCGAGAACUUUGGCUACCGAGACACUGUGGUGUACCAGUGCAACCCUGGAUUCAAGCUCAUCGGCUCCUCGGUCCGGAUCUGUCAGCAGGAUCACAGCUGGUCGGGGCAUCUUCCAGUCUGCAUCUCGGUCACGUGCGGACACCCAGGAAGUCCCAUAUAUGGCCGCACCGUGGGAGACGGCUUCAACUUCAACGACGUGGUGCAGUUCUCCUGCAACAAGGGCUACACCCUGGAGGGACCCGCCUCCGCCCAGUGCCAAGCCAACCGCCAGUGGAGCCAGCAGCCGCCGACAUGCCGAGUGGUCAACUGCACAGAUCCUGGGAUCCCAGCCAAUUCCAUCCGGGAGAGUAAGAUCGAGCACGGAAACUUCACCUUUGGCAGCGUGGUCUUCUACGACUGCAACCCUGGCUACUACCUGUUCGGCUCCUCGGUGCUCAGCUGCCUUCCCGUGGGCCACUGGGACAAGCCCCUCCCAGAGUGCCUGGAGGUGGACUGCAGUCAUCCUGGUGCGCCCCCUCACGGACUCAUGGUCGGGGAGAAGUUUACCGUUGGCUCCACGGUGCGCUACUCCUGCUCCGGCGACCACCAGCUCAUUGGAGACUCAUCGCUCACGUGUCAGCUGAAUGGACACUGGAGCGGCCCACUUCCACACUGCUCAGGCGACGCUGCGGGGACCUGCGGGGAUCCUGGCACGCCGGCGCACGCCAGCAGGGAAGUGGGGAACUUCAAAGUCCGCAGCAAGGUGCGAUUCACGUGUGCGGUGGGACACACGCUGUACGGCUCGGCGGAACGGAUCUGCUUCCCCAACGGGACCUGGUCCGGAAGACAGCCAUUUUGUAAACCGGUGCAGUGUGGGAACCCAGGUACGCCGGCUCACGGGCGCAUCUCCCGAGUGGAUGGUACAACUUUCUCCCACUCCAUCGUGUACUCUUGUAUGGAGGGCUAUUUUAUCUCGGGCUCGCCCACGCGCCAGUGUCUUGCCAACGGCACGUGGUCUGGCGCCGCACCGAACUGCACAAUGAUCACCUGCGGAGAUCCGGGAAUUCCAGCCAACGGACUGAGAUUGGGCGACGACGUCACGGUGGGUCAGAACGUCACAUUCGCGUGCCAGCCGGGCUACGUGAUGAUGGGAGGCGACAGCUCCGCCACCAGGGCCUGCACCAGCAACGGCACCUGGAGCGGCACCGUGCCAACAUGCCAGGUGGUGACGUGUCCGACGCCGCCGGCGAUUCCUAACGGCCUGCUGGAAGGUUCCGUGUUCGACUGGGGCACGGGCGUGAGCUACAGCUGCCUGCCUGGCUACGAGCUCUCGUACCCCGCCGUGCUCACCUGCGCGGGGAACGGGACGUGGAGCGGCGACCUGCCUCAGUGCUUACCCAAGUUCUGCGGCGAUCCCGGAACACCUGCCAGAGGACGCCGGGAAGGACGCAGUUUCAUCUUCAAGUCGGAGGUGACGUUCAUCUGCGGGACGCCCUACGUGCUGGUGGGAUCGUCGACGCGCAUUUGCCAGGAGGACGGGUCCUGGAGCGGCUCGCAGCCACGGUGUAUAGAGCCCUUGAGAACCACAUGCGAGAAUCCCGGGACACCUGAGAACGGCUUCAUGAAUUACACAACAGGGUUCAAGGUGGGCAGCCGCAUCGACUUCCAGUGCCAGCAGGGACACAUCAUCCAGGGCUCCACCACCCGCGUCUGCUUGCCAGAUCUCACCUGGACCGGAACGCAGCCCACUUGUAUCCCUCAUUCCUGCAAGCAGCCCAGGACGCCGGCCAACUCUGAUGUGGUGGGAAUGGACCUCCCCUCGUACGGAUACACCUUGGUGUACGCCUGUCAGCCAGGCUACUUCCUCGCGGGAGGUUCGGAGCACCGCGUCUGCCGCUCCGACGGCAGCUGGACUGGCAAAGUGCCGGUGUGCCGAGUCGGGUCCAAGUCACAAGAGAAGACCAUCAAACCGAUCAUGGGGACGCCGAGUCCAAAAAUAAAUGUUCCCGACGACGUCUUCGCUCCUGACUUCAUGUGGAAGGGAUCCUACAAUUACAAGGGCCACAAACACCCGGUGACUCUGACAGUCACAAGCUUCAACGCCACAACAGGGAAAGUCAAUGUAACUUUAACUGACAGCAGCUUGGAGUUUCUGCUCUCUGGAGUGUACAAGCGCCAGGAGGCACGGCUGAUGCUGCUGCUGCACCAGAUGAGAGCUCUGGCACACAGCUCUUUGAGCAGGAUUACUGAGGAGACCUGGGCCAUGGACGGAUUUGUCUCGGCUGAGCCAGAGGGGGUGAGCUACGUGUUCCAGGGCUUCAUCCAGGGUAAAGACUACGGCCAGUUUGGACUGCAGAGGUUUGGUUUGAGUGUGAGAGAGAACGUGACGCUCCCUGAUCCUGAAUCCAACGCCUCCACCAACAGCAGCUCAGUUGCUGUGGCCAUCCUCGUGCCUUUCUUUGCCCUCAUCUUCGCCGGCCUUGGCUUCUAUCUCUACAAACAGAGGAAAACGGAUAAAACGCAGUACACAGGCUGCUCCGUCCACGAGAACAACAACGGACAGGCCACGUUCGAGAAUCCCAUGUACAACACAAACACAAAAGCAGCUGAAGGGAAGGUCGUCCGCUUUGACCCCAACCUCAACACGAUCUGUACCAUGGUUUGAGGUCCACUGAGCAACACAGACGGAGGGAAUGUAGCCUCUGCUUGUUUGCUGUCCCGACACAUAUUUAUAGCCUUUCUGAUGCCGCACCACAGAAACAAGAAGCACACUUUCUGCACCAUUACAGCACUUGCAUUUAAGUUGUAUCUCGAAGACAAAAUAUGACGAGAGCGGGAGGAAAUCUUUCCUGGGAGGGGAGAUGUUUUUUUUACACUCUGUGAGUGUUGGCUUUAUAAAUGAAGCGCCUCCAGCAUCAAGACAAAAUAGAGUAUUAUAUGCUCUGUAGAGUAAAUACAAGGGGUUACUUCACAAUGCCAAAUGAGAAAUUCUAACACGUCAUAUCUGGAUUCUUUUUCUUUGUCGCCUUAGUCGGUUGCUGACGGACGGUUUCUUCACCUGUGGAGGGCGAGGUGAUGAGUGUGUCGGAGCUGUGUGACACCUGAGAAUCAUGUGUGUGUGACUGAAGCCCUGGGUAAAGCUCAUGUAUCAGAGUGGACCGCGCACCACAGGCUGACCAGUCUGAGGUGCUCGACUCAGUUCAAGGCAGGUUGCCCCUAGAUAGAGGCCAGUUUUCCUUCAGCAUCAAGUCCCCUCACUCCCCGCACCUCUCCCUCCUCCACGGUUGGCUUUGCCCCACCCACCUGUCAGAACGUCCCCUGUGCCGAUCGCUUCUCUUCAUUGGUGGGUUCACUCUUCUGGGCUGAACCCUUCACUGACCCUUCCACUGUGAUAAACCGGGAAGCAGUUUGAGCACAAGCCUGGCUUCCAAUGUCACCGGAUGAGGCUUCAUGAAACUGUGCCCUUACUUUCAGAACCUUCUCGAUGGCACUCUGCUCUAAAAUCUUUGGACUGCUCAUGACUUUCAACCCAAGAUCACCGUCUGGUCAGUUCUGGAAAUGAGGACACUGUUUCAUGAAGCUUCAUCACUAAGAGUGGUGUCAUACCCAGCCGAACAAGGGGCCAACAUCUGAUCGUUCAGACCGCGAGGGAAAAUUAGCCACUAUUAGUCUGGAAAUUACGGUGACAAGGUCUUGGUUAGGUGAUUCUUGGAUGCUACAUUAAGAAGCUUUUAUCCAGCUGCACCAGAAGAGGGUGUUUACAUCACAUCUCAACGCGUCAGUGUCACUCAUGCAGGUCGCUGACGCAAACAACAGAGGGGGAGUCUUUCUGUCUCAGUCGGGCUCUGCUCCUGCCUCGACCUUCAUGGCUGAUCCCGGUGACCUUCACUGCUCCUCAGCUCAUCCAGUGUCAGAUCAUUAGAGGGUUCUAUCCAGGGCUUUAGUCUUGGAAAAGGUGGUGUCUGUUCAGCGGCCAGUCAUGUCCCUGUUGACUUGUUUUGUUGUUCUCCUGUGGUCUGAUCCCAGGCGUCUCACAGUAGGAGCGCUCCGUUUCUGUUUCUCUAUCAUGCACAGCGUCUCACUACAGUCCGGUUUCCCACAAGCUUUGUUCAAGCCUGGACGACGUGAAAGACUAUAUUUACCCUGCGUAUAUUCUACACACCUUUUACUUCAACCCCGAAACAGAAUCUUGUGGGAAACUUGCUCUGUGUGUGUCCACUCCUGCUCUGAGAGACUUCUUUAAACCAUCAGCUUCUGUAGACAAAUGUACAGCUCAAAGGAACAACCGCACACGGACCGUCGUCCAUCCCUCUUUCUGAAGCGGCGUCUAUCUAAUGCCAUGUCUUUCAUCAUUGCAGUGCCUUGAAUAUUGGAUGGGCAUGUGUUUUUAAGGGAAAUCCAUCACCACAUAUCAAAGCGACUUGUCGUCAGAGUAACCUUUAUUUAAGAUGUUUGGAAAGCAACUCCUAGUUUCAUACCGCCGCAUGUUGGCAUAAAGAACUCGAGCAAAGCAACUGCUGCUAUCAUACUUUAGUCCAUGGCUACAUUUUGUACAUUUAUACAGUUUUGAUACUUGAAUUCCUUAUUUGGCAAAACGUGUCGUGCUUUUCACGUGUAAUAUAUUUUGCAAGGUCAUCUUUCUUACGGAGGAGGGUUUAAAAAAAAAAUCGAGAUUUUCCUUCCGGCGGCAGAAAUGAGCGCUUUCACCACACAGUUCUGGAAAAUGAUGUAAAUGAAUCUGUACAUAUUUACCAGCUUUUGUAAAGAGAUAUAUUUUUUAUGCAGAUGAAACAUUUGUAACUUAUUCAAAAUGUUGUGUAAAAUUUCACUUGUAAAUGUCAUGAAAGAUCCAAAAUGUUUUGUAUAUUUUUUUUCCCUUUAUCACCAAUGUA